GAUGAGAUGUUGUGCUGAUUACAGAAACGUUUCAGGAAGUUGUGAACCAUGUCUAGGAUCAUUUGGACUGGACUGUAAUAACACGUGCACGGAGGGAUUUUAUGGAUUUGGAUGUACAAAGAAAUGUGAUUGUUUGCCAACUGAAUCAUGCCACAAAGUUCAUGGUUGUCUAGACUGCAGAGGAUCGUAUGGAAAAAACUGCAGUCAGCCCUGUCUUUUUGGAUUUUUCGGCAGUAAAUGUCUUGAAAAGUGUAACUGUAGCAGUGAUACGCAUUGGUGUGACAGUGUUUCCGGUUGCAAGAUUAAAGAAAGCGAUGUGAAUAAGCGGAUUCGGGGAAACAAAACAAAACAUUUAGCUUUCGAGGUCGUGGGAUCAAUCAUUGGAACGUCAGCAUUUUGGUGUUUGAUGUAUUUAGUGUGCUGCUGGAAUCUGAGAUCCAAUAGUACGAUGAAAGUUACAAUGCAAGAGGAGGGACAUUCUGGCAAUAGUCUAGGCGAAUCGCAAGAGCAAACGGAACGAGAAACACCAGAAUCUGGAAGACCUGUACGGUCUAAUUUGCGUCAAACGAUAGAUGAUGAAAUAAAUGCUGACUCAAGAAAAACUAUAACUAAUUCACGAUAUCAUUCACAAGAUACAUACGAACGAUUGACUGGGUCUUCUGAUGACUUCAGUCUCUCAAAUAGUCUCGGACAUCAGACCCAACCUUCAGUAUCUGCUUUCAGUAGCAAUUAUAAUAAGAUAAAACUAAAAGAAUCUCAUCGACAUGACAUCACUGAUUCUGAAACUUUUCCGGGAGAGAGUAGCAAUAUAUCAAUUGAUACCAGCAACAAUUUACAUGAUUCGGAAAGUGAAGUUACCGGAGUACAACCUUGUUCAAUGUAUAAAUAUCGACCGCAUAGUUCAGUGAAAUAUAAUAGGAAAAACAUAAACCCCGAAGAAGAGCCCGCGUUAAGAAACACUGUUGAAGGCCAGGUUCAUCCUAAUGAUAUGUUGUUUAAUCAAAACGAAAAUGCGUCUGAUGUUGUCGAAGAUGUUGAUGAAGUGUAUGGGUUUCACAGAAAACUUGUAUGAUUUUACAUUCCAAUACUUGGAUGGAUGAUUUUGCUUGACUGUUACUUUUACAAGAAAUUAAAUUCAUUCUUAAUAUCAGAUCAUAUGAACAAUUUCAACACAGAAAAGUUGGGAGUUCGGUUGUUUUCGUGGAGAUUUCGGUCAUUCUUUUAAUUUUUAUGACAUCCUAACUAACACCAUCAUAUAUCCACAAUAAAAGAUGGAAUGCAUAGCUCUGAUCCUUAGACAAAGAACAAGGGACGUUAUUGGCCAAAAUUGGCCGCGCUUCAAAAACCGAUCAUAUUUUGCAGGUAGAAAGGUGAUAAUUUUCUCGUUUCAUUCAUAUAUAACAUGUACCAUUUACUUGUUGUUGAUAUUGAGAAAAUAACGUUACAAUAUUGCAUUGUUAACUCUGACGCUAUCUUCCGACGAUCGCUUUUUCGGAACGACGUCAUCGACCUUAUAGGAUUUACAGUCCUGCUUCUUCUAGAAUAUUUUUCUUAAAGUUACAAUUUUAACUUUUUAUAUAAAAAUACUCAUUGAGAUCAAAGACAAUUGAAAACUGGCAUGCUAUGGAAAAUACAUAAUUCAUUUACAUGUAACUUUAUCGUGGCCAUAGACAUUUUGCGGAAGAAUCUUGUGUUAAUUAGAGUGAGGAAAAUAAUGCGUGUAUUUGUCAAAAAUUGUUCAGUAGAACGCAAUCAUAUUUUCGAAGGUGCUGUUCAAUGUCCUCCUAUUCAAAUGAAAUAUGAAAAAUAAAAUGGCUUUUGAAUUUUCUUUUUCCUGGUUUUGUUUUUUGGUCAUAAAUAUUAACACUUUGAUUAAAAAUCUCGAUUGAGUCGGAUAAAAUUACUUGUUAUGCCAUGUACACCAAGGACUAUAUAACAGGUCUGCUUACAUGUGUAUGCAAUAUUCAUAAUAUACGAAUAAAAUAUGCUGUGGGUAUUUACAAAAUAUAUUGAAUAAAGUGUGGUAAAUGUACAUAUACUACACGAUACAAAUUUAUGUUGCAUGAAUGGGAUAUCAUUUUCUUGGGUACAGUAAAACACGUCAAGUAAUAUGCAUGUAACUUCAGAUGGUAUAUUUCAUAUAGCAAAUGCAUUUAAAAACCUCACAAAAA